AAUACGGCAUGACAAAGAUCUCUUCAAGAUCACCAACUCAAAAGAUCUCCAACCCCUUUUAGAAUCUUCAUUUCAUGAGAAACAAAAAUAGGGGGAAAACCGUCAGAACACGCUCUGCAAUUAGGGUUUUUAGGGUAUUGAAGAAUCACACCCAUACGAAGCCCUAAUUGUCCUCACUUUUGAUUCAAUCGACAAUUACGAGGUAUUCUUCCUGCAGACAUAACUGUAAAUUGCCUUCAAUGGAGCCUAUAGAUAUUAGCUCAACCGAUAGUGAAUCAAGUGAUUGGGAUCUUGAACAAUAUAAAGCAUUGCCUGAUUCACCUGUAAGGGAUUCUGCUUCUUCAGUUUCCAAUUCAAGGGUUCUUCCUACAUUUGCAUCUUCAUCUGGGACAACUUAUGCAGGUCAACGUGGAUCGAGCCAACGGGCUCUUCCUCCUCCAAGAAAGCCUGUUACAAAUGGGCACUCGUCUCGGUCUAAUCAUGAUUCCGACGACGAGAUUCAGAUUCUACCCGGUUCAAGUAGCGGUUUUGCAAAUUCUAAACGAGUGCUUCCAACAACCCUUCAGCUACCAUCAUCUAUAUCUAGACCAAGUGUUCCAGUAAAAGCUGUAGGCACCAGUCAAAUGCGUGAAACCUAUGUUAAACCUUAUGCAAACGCGUGGCAAAACCGUGGAAAGGCUCAUAUGGAAGACAGUUUCAGUAGGUUCGGACCGUACGGUAAUGAUUUGAUGAAGGACAACCACCAUGGAAGUAGGGUUCUGCCGUCAUCAAUGAGACCCCACGUGCCCGUUCCAACUUCACAAUAUGCCGGUCCACCUGAUCUUUAUCGCCCUUCAGGGGUCGUUGAUGAACAAGCGGUUGGUGACGAGAGGCUUAUUUAUCAAGUAGCAUUACAGGAUCUCAAUCAACCCUUAACUGAAGCAAAUUUACCUGAUGGUCUUUUGUCGGUUUCUCUUUUAAGGCACCAGAAAAUUGCGUUGGCGUGGAUGGUCCAAAAGGAAAAGAGCGUGGCUUGUUCCGGUGGAAUUUUAGCUGAUGACCAGGGCCUCGGGAAAACUAUAUCAACGAUCGCCCUUAUCCAGAAUCAAAGAUUUGCAUCAAAAUCUAAAGCAGAUUCGUCUUGCAAUUCAAAAGUCGAAGCUUUAAAUUUAGAUGAUGACGAUGAUGAUGAUGUUAAACCCAUAGUAGGUGAAGACGAAAACAAAAACGAUGAGUUAAAGUUAAAAGAUGAAGCCGGUAGCUCAACACAGAGAUUUAGUAACCGAAAGCCCGCAGCAGGAUCAUUGGUUGUCUGUCCCGCAAGUGUGCUACGACAAUGGGCCCGUGAGCUUGAGGAAAAAGUUGCAGAAGAAGCGAAGCUCGAAGUUCUAGUCUAUCACGGUGGCAACAGGACCAAAGAUCCUGCCGAGCUGGCAAAAUACGAUGUCGUCCUUACAACAUACGCCAUUGUGGCAAAAGAAGUCCCGACGAAAGUUUUCGAUGACGAAGAGGAAGACGAUCAAAAAAACGGGCAUCGGUAUGGAUUGAGUUCGGAAUUUGCCGGUAAGAAAAGGAAGGGGGGCGUUACCGGUAAGAAAAAGAAGGGUAAAAAGGGAAUUGACGGUUCUGCGUUUGAUUGUAGCGGUACGCUUGCAAAGGUGAACUGGUUCAGGGUGAUAUUAGAUGAAGCUCAAACGAUUAAAAAUAGCCGAACGCAGAUGUCGAAAUCGUGUUGUGGUCUUAGAGCUAAAAAACGAUGGUGCUUAUCUGGAACGCCUAUACAGAACAAUAUCGAUGAAGUGUUCAGUUAUUUCAGAUUUCUGAAAUGUGAUCCGUACGCGAACUAUAAAUCCUUUUGUAAUCAAAUAAAGAUCCCGAUAUCGAGAAACUCAAUCCAGGGUUAUAGGAAACUUCAAGCUGUGUUUAAGGCAAUAAUGCUUCGUCGAACAAAAGGCACUUUGAUUGAUGGUAAGCCUAUUAUCAACUUACCUCCUAAAACAAUAGAGUUGACCGCGGUUGACUUCUCAACCGAAGAACGAGCUUUCUAUGUCAAGCUUGAAGCUGAAUCACGCUCACAAUUUAAGGCGUAUGCAGCUGCAGGUACCGUUAAUCAGAAUUACGCAAAUAUCCUUUUGAUGCUUCUCCGGCUUCGCCAAGCAUGUGACCACCCGUUGCUUGUUAAGGGAUUUAGCUCUGAAUCUGUCAGUAGACUUUCUACAAGAAUGGCUAAAACUCUCCCGAAAGAUAUGCGAGUAAAUUUGUUAAAUCGCUUGGAAGAAACUCUCAACAUAUGUUGCUUGUGUAGUGAUCCACCAGAAGAUGCAGUGGUUACCCUUUGUGAACAUGUAUUCUGCUACCAAUGUGUAUCUGAAUACUUAACAGGGGACGAUAACACGUGUCCGUCACCAAAAUGCAAAAGCGCAAUUGGUCCUGACGUCGUAUUUAACAAAGCCACAUUAACGAAUUCCAUCUCUGAUGAUAACGGCUCAAGUUCAUCAAGAAUUGAUGAAAAAUCUAUUGUUCUUCAGCAAGAUUAUAGCUCUUCAAAGAUUAAAGCUGCAAUUGAGACUAUUCGGUCCAAUUGCAGAUCAAAGAGUUCGUAUUUACUUGGAUCAAAUGGUGAUGCGUCUUCUAGUUCGGGUGUUGAAGGACCGAUUAAAGCGAUUGUGUUUUCUCAGUGGACAAGAAUGUUGGAUCUUUUUGAAAUGUCGCUUAAACAGUAUUGUAUUGAAUACCGGAGGCUUGACGGUUCAAUGUCGUUAGCUUCAAGGGACCGUGCUGUUAAAGAAUUCAACACUGAUCCUGAGGUGACGGUAAUGUUGAUGUCCCUGAAAGCUGGGAAUCUUGGUCUGAACAUGGUGGCUGCAUGUCAUGUGAUUCUUCUAGAUCUUUGGUGGAAUCCAACUACUGAAGAUCAAGCCAUUGACCGAGCUCAUAGAAUCGGUCAAACUCGUCCAGUAACAGUAUCAAGACUCACCGUUAAGGACACAGUUGAGGACAGAAUUCUUGCUCUCCAGGACGAGAAGAGGAAAAUGGUUGCUUCUGCAUUCGGUGAAGAUCAAAGCGGAACAUCAACCGCUCGUUUAACGGCUGAAGAUCUCAGAUAUUUGUUUAUGGGGGCACAUUGAGACCUUUAGUUAGGUGAUUAGCUUGGGCAUUUUUGUUUAGAUUAUGUGCAAAGCCCUGUAAAUAGUGGUAGUUACUUUUGUUGUUUGUAGGGAAGGCUAGUCUUGACUGUUUAAUUUAAAGUAGAGAUAACAAUGAGUCUACUUUUGGUAAUUCUAGUCCUAUACCCGAUCGUAAAAGUGUGUGCUAUACCCGGGUUUAAAUUUUUUUAGCAACGAGGUGUUUUUGAAUUUUUAGUUUAACAUAUGUUUUAAAUGUAUAAA